AUGACGGCUCUGCGAUUAUGCCUGCGUGUGCGGACACUGUUGACGGCAUUUACUCUAGCUCUCAUCCUCACCUGGACCCUCUCGCGAUGGCGUACUGCGUACGUCUCAUCGAAUAACAACACUUCCCCCAAUCCCUUCCAACUUAUCUCCGACUUGACAGUAUCACAUCAACGGUUUUGGCGAGACUUUCACACACUCUUGGUACAAUAUGCGCCUAACACAACAGUCCCAGUAACCGAAACUGAAGAGGCCCCUACAGAAGGAUUCAACCCCAAGGAUGCACGGCCGCGUCCGAAUUACCUACGCAUCCCGGAAGAUGAUGUAGCCACGAUGAAAGACGCACAUACCAAAUUUGUGGACACAUUGUCCCAUUCACCUCCUCAACUCCGCUACAUACCCGACACAAAAGGCGUAGUCUCAACCGCAGGCGGUUUCUACCUCCCCGUGCUUGUAAUUUCGCUGCGAAUGCUCCGCCGGACAGGAUCCACGCUACCCAUGGAAGUUUUCCUGGCCGAUGAAGACGAAUAUGAGGAAUAUAUCUGCGACGUAGUAUUGCCGUCGCUCAACGCACGGUGUCUGGUUCUGUCCCGUAUUUUGAGCGUUGCACCGGCCAAGAUCGAGAAGUAUCAAUACAAGCCAUUCGCCAUGAUUUUCUCUUCAUUUGAAGAGAUUCUUUUCCUGGAUGCUGAUGCAUUUCCCCUUGAGAAGCCAGAAGAUCUGUUCUGGGCAGAGCCUUUUCGGUCAAAGAAGAUGGUCACAUGGCCUGAUUUCUGGGCUUCCUCCACAUCGCCUCUCUUCUACGAAAUAACGGGUCAGAUUGCUCCACCGAUGGGACUGCGGCAGUCAACUGAGUCCGGGGAGCUACUCAUUUCGAAGAAGACUCAUAUGCGUACCCUCCUGCUCUGCACUUACUACAACUACUGGGGUCCUUCACAUUUCUAUCCACUUCUGUCGCAGGGUGCCGCAGGUGAGGGGGAUAAGGAAACCUUCGUGGCCGCUGCAUCAGUAACGCAAGAGCCCUUUUAUCAAGUCAGCGAAUCAAUUUGUGCGCUGGGUCAUGGCACUGAAGGCGGAAUGGCUGGCUCUGCAAUGGCUCAGUUUAACCCCGUUCAGGACUUUGCAUUGACCAGCCAGGGGAAGUGGAGAGUUCGCGGCGACGAAGCACAAGCACCAAGUGUUUUCUUCAUUCAUGCCAACUUUCCCAAGUUUAAUCCGGCCACUGUCUUCGACGAUGGUGCAGUCAAUCCUGUUUUUGCCGAUGAUGGCAGCUACACUCGUGCUUGGACAAUUCCUGAGGAUGUAGUCAAGGACUUCAGUUCUAAAGCCGAUGUUGAGAGAGUCUUCUGGCAAGAGAUUCUUUGGACGGCAUGUGAGCUGGAAGAUAAAUUCUCCACGUGGAGAGAUUAUGUCGAUAUCUGCGCUGCUGUGAAGGACUACUGGGGCGCUGUCUUCGGAGACCCAAGACUUCACGAAUGA